AUGCGUUUCCUGUAUAGCUUCGGUCAGCUUGUGGUUGGCCUUGGAACAGCCACUGCCACUAACGAUUGCAAAUGCUUCCCAGGCGACGGCUGCUGGCCUUCGACAGCCCAAUGGACACAGUUAAACAAUACUGUCGGUGGUCGUCUGGUUUCCACCGUCCCAUUGGGAAAGCCAUGCCAUGGCGACGACUUCAACAAGACGCAGUGUGACUUGCUGAAGGAGCAGUGGCUUUUACCGCCUAUCCACUACGAGUCGUCCUCCUCGAUGAUGGCGCCGCUGUUUGCCAAUGCCAGCUGCGAUCCGUGGCAGCCCGUCGAGCGGCCAUGCAUGCUGGGCAACUACGUAGACUAUGCCGUCAACGUGACGUGUGCAGGCGACGUCCAGGCCGCUCUGGCAUUUGCCCGGACGCACAAUGUCCGUUUCGUGAUCCGCAACACCGGCCACGACUACCUGGGCCGCUCCACGGGCGCGGGCGCUCUGGCCGUGUGGACGCACCACCUCAAGAGCACCGAGAUGGUCGACUGGGCCGACGAGUUCUAUACAGGCCCGGCUCUGCGCAUGGGUGCCGGGGUCCAGGGCUUUGAGGCCCUCGCCGCAGCCCAUGCCGCGGGCUAUACUGUGAUCACGGGCGAGUGUCCCACUGUCGGUGUCGCCGGAGGUUACGUGCAGGGUGGCGGCCACUCGGCCCUCAGCAGCAGCUUCGGUUUGGCCGCUGACAACGUGCUGGCAUUUGAAGUUGUCCUUCCAACUGGCGCACAUGUCGUCGCCACGCGCCACCAGAACGCUGACGUCUAUUGGGCGCUAGCAGGCGGAGGCACCGGAACUUACGGUGUCGUCUUGGCCGUCGUCACCCGGGCGCUACCAGAUGCUGUCAUCAGUGGUGCCAAGCUUGCCAUCACGACGCCCGCUGACCGUCCCGAGCUCGUUUACGUCGUCGUCGACGCAUUCCACGCAGCACUACCCGGCAUCGUCGAACACGACACCAUGGUCAUCUACUACUUUGGCACCGGCUUCCUCAGCAUCCCCGCUCUCACAGCCUACAACAAGACGCGCGUCGAGGUCGAGUCUAUGCUGCAGCCGCUUCUCGCGGCCUUUGUGGCGCUCAACCUCACCGUCGUGCCGACCUACACCGAGUUCGACAGCUACUACGACCACUACGGCCAUUACUGGGGCCCGCUGCCUGCCGGCAACAUCGAGGUCGGUGCUAGCCUCUAUGGAGGUCGCCUCAUCUCGGCCGCGCAGGUCGCCAGCUUCUCGCCCACUAGCCGCGCCUUGAUCGACCUCGGCGUGACCCUUAUUGGUGUCGGGCUCAACGUCAGCCGCUUCGCCGACGGCAGCACCAACGCCGUGCUGCCCGCCUGGCGUGACGCCCUCGUUUCUGCGUCGCUGACAUACAGCUACAACUUUACCGCACCCUUCUCCGACAUGCGGGCGCUGCAGGAUCAUAUCACCGCCGUGGUGCAGCCUGUCAUCGAGGCUGCCACGCCCGGCUCCGGCGCCUAUUUGAAUGAGGCUGACUUCCAGCAGCUCGACUUUCAGGACGUGUUCUACGGCAGAAACUACGACCGUCUGCUGGCUAUCAAGAACGCGCUUGAUCCCGACGGCCUGCUGUACGGACACACGGCCGUCGGUAGCGAGAUGUGGGCCUUGGCAGAGGACGGCCACAUGUGCAAAACAGUGUAA